CUCAGGCAGACGGACUCUGAUGAAUCCUGGUCCCAGUAAAGAGAACAGACGUCCUCCCUUAGGUCAAGACCUCCUGACAUCACGGUUUGUUCCUGGAAGUCGUGGGGAUGUCCUCGCCGCUCUGAAACAACGCUCUCACAGCGCCCCCCACAGGAGGGAGGUCAAAGUGCAGCUGCUGGACCCAGGGCCUCCUCAGACCAUCUCCCAGGAUAAUCCAGGUCCAAGGUCCAUCUCCCAGGAACCUGUGGGUGUGUCCAGAGUCCAGAUGGAGGCGGGGCCAUCCUCAGGUUGCCCUGGUGAUGUAUCCAGUGCAGCAGCAGCUGCAGCAGCUGCAGCCGUGUCUGCUGCUGUUCCUCUCAUCAAGGUCCAGUCUGACCUGGAGGCUCGGGUGUCUCAGCUGGCUGACGGAGUAGAGAAACUGCUGCAGGCUGACAGAGAUGGGGUGGACAGUGGGCGGAGCCUGAACCAGCAGAUGCUGCAUCACCUGGAGAAACUGCACAGUCAGCAGAUUGAGCUGCAGAGCCAGCUGCUGCACAGCACCCUCAGUAUGGCGAAGGGACACGCCCCUACAACCUCUGACCUCCCAGCUCCAGUUCAGCCGGCCUGUCUGCGGGUGACACACCUGGAGGCCACAGAGAACGAGCCCAGCCAUCAGCACAGAUCUGCCGCCAUCAGCUCUAUGGAGACAGGACCAGUUACCAUGGCAACAGCUCCACAGCAGGAGCAAGCCAGAGCUGAUCAACAUCACAGAGGUGAGCCCAGCAUUUCCACGGCAACCAGAGCAGCCUCAGGAAGUCACCUGCAGUCGUCGGCCAAUCACAGUAAGGCAGCAGCGAGGAGAGCCAAUGAGAUGCUGAGAGAGAUGGGACGUCUGAGGGCAGAGAUGAAGACUCUGCUGACGGCUGAAGGCUCACUAAAGACUAGCACAGCUGGACCAGACCAGCAGAAUCUACCGCAGUCCCUCCAGACCAGCUCCCAACGACCCCCCUCUCCCUCUAGACCACCAACAGAACCUCACAUCACAACAACACUACAGACUGAGGAACAGCAGAACCAUCAGACCCCCAGCCCACCAGUCCUCUCUAAACCUAAACCAGCAACACCACGCCACACCCACUCCCUCCGAUCCACCAAUCAGACCCAGCUACCUCACUCUCUGUCCAAUCAGAGCGCUUCACAACAGACCCAGACCCAACAGAUCCAUACCCAUUUGACCCAGACCCAACAGGCCCAGAACCAUCAGACCCAACAGGCCCAGACCCAGACCCAUCAGACCCAACAGGCCCAGACCCAUCAGACCCAACGGGCCCAGACCCAUCAGACCCAUCAGACCCAACAGGCCCAGACCCAUCAGACCCAACGGGCCCAGACCCAUCAGACCCAUCAGACCCAACAGGCCCAGACCCAUCAGACCCAUCAGACCCAACAGGCCCAGACCCAUCAGACCCAACGGGCCCAGACCCAACGGGCCCAGACCCAUCAGACCCAUCAGACCCAACAGGCCCAGACCCAUCAGACCCAACAGGCCCAGACCCAUCAGACCCAACAGGCCCAGACCCAGACCCAUCAGACCCAACGGGCCCAGACCAUUCAGAACCAUCAGACCCAACGGGCCCAGACCCAACAGGCCCAGACCCAUCAGACCCAACAGGCCCAGACCCAGACCCAUCAGACCCAACGGGCCCAGACCCAUCAGAACCAUCAGACCCAACGGGCCCAGACCCAACAGGCCCAGACCCAUCAGACCCAUCAGACCCAGACCCAUCAGACCCAUCAGACCCGUCAGCCCAUCCUGGUCCAGAAGAGACGUGCAGUGUCGUCCACUCUGGAGGAGGCGGGGCAUGUUCUCUGCCAGGUGAGGAGACAGAAGAAGGUUCUAGAGGAGAACCUGGAGUCCAUGUUGAGAGCCAGAUCUGGAGAGGUUCUUCACUGUCAGCUGGAUGCCCUGUCUGCUAACAGGGAUUGGACAGAGGAGGUCCGUAUCAAGAGGACGGUGGACGCCUGGAUCAGCAUGCUGUCCAAAGACGCCCAGGCUGAGGUGUCCUCCCAGGACGUCGCCUCCUGCAGGGCUGCAGGCGCCACUACCAAACACCUCUCCAGGAGAGACCCUGCUCUGACAUCACAGAUGGCUGCAGGUAGCUCCGCCCACAGAGGCACUGGGAGGACAGUGAGCAUGCUCAGAGGAAGAGGAAGAGGUGGACAGCUGGCUCCAGAGGUGAAGGGGGUGGAGCCCGUCAGAGCAAAUAGUCAGCUGGCAGAAAGGAAGCAGGUGGAGGAUGAUGGAGAGGUGUACCUGUCUCACCUGUAUGGCAGAGCGCCAUAUGACGGCGUCAGACGGACCCUGAAGAAGAGUCCAUACCUGCGCUUCAGCUCACCUGUGUCACCACCAAGCAGGAAGCCCCGCCCCCGCCUGGUAGAGAGGGUCAGAGGUGUGAAGGUGAAGUCCUGUAAGACGCAGACCUGUUUGGCUCCACCCCUCACUCUGUCACCUGGACGACCUCAGCAUCAUUACACCAUCAGCUCCACCCACCUGACCUCUGCUGACCCUGCUGACCUCAUUGUGACCCCUGCUGAAAGUUACCCUGUUACCACGGCAAUCCCACUGGGUCCUCCCAGGAUGGACUCAUCCUCCAGGUGUCCCUCUAGUCAUCAACAGGAAGUGACAUCAGCUCCAUCUCCAGCUCCUCCAGCAGCUACUGUUGUCACCAUGGCUAACCGAGGGGCGGAGCUCCGUUCACAGGAGGCGGAGACUAAUGCAGGUGAAGCUCCUCCCCCCCCCUCUGUUGACAUGGUGAAAAAGGGUGAAAAGGAGGAGGAGGGGGAAGAGAACAUGUUUCCUGGGACAGACUUCCUGUCUGUCACUGAUGUCAUACAGCAGGAGGAGGUGAGUGUUGGGGGUGAGGAGGAGGUGGAGCUAGCAGGAGGUCCGUCCCCUCCUCCCGUCCUGUACCAGGGUCCAGUCUUCCCUCCCCAGGCCCCCCCUGGGCCCCCCUCCCAGGAUCAGACCUCCAUGCCUGGGAGGGGUCUGCAGAGAGACCUGCUGGAGAGCCGUCUGCUGGAAUGGGUGGAGCAGCAGCUGAUGUCCAGGAUGAUCUCAGAAAUGUACCGCCCCCCUCCCUCAGACCCCGCCCAGCUGAACUCCACUGACACAUCAGAGACGGAGGAGCAGAGUGUGACAUCAGACGCUGUGGAAUCUUCUCUCAUCCACCAGCUGGUGAACGAGGUUCUGAUGGAGAUCCUGGUCCUGAUGCUGAGAGACAUGCAGGAACCAGAACCAGAACCGGAACCAAGAACAGCAGUGACUGAAGAGAUCAAACUGGUUCCACUGGUUCCCACUCCCGUAUCGACUCCUCCACCCAGUCCAUCAACGCCCAUCAGAGAGACCCCGCCCCUGACCACGCCCCCUCCCUCUGAGCCAACCAGCCUCUUACAGGAGGAGACUCCUCGGCCAAUCUCAGCCCUCGAGCCUGUAGCCACGCCCACACCAAGCCCAGAGCCCACCCCUCCUGCAGAGAGCCCAGAGCCCCCUCCCACCAUGGACAACACUGAACUCCCAUUGGAUGAGGAGGAGAAGCCAGAGGAACACCAGGAGACACCGCCAAUGACAGCAGCAGAGCCAGAGCCUCCCUCCUCCCUCCCUCCUCCUCCUCCUCCUCCUCCUCCUCCCCCUCCCCAUCCAGACUCUCUGUCCAGUUCCUCAGACGACUCCAGCUCCAGUAGCUCCAGUAACCCCAGUAGCAGCAGUGGUUCCUCGUCCAGCGUGGAGCCUGAAGCUUCUCUGAAACACAUCUCAGAGGGAGAGCUGCUCAUCAACAGGCUGGCUGCUGCUGCUGCAGGUGCUGAUGGAGUGUGUAGUUUCUCCAGCUCUCUGCAAGAGCUCCAGGACAUGGACUUUGACCCCCCCAGUGAAGGUCAGGUCAGAGGUCGUGACCUCCUGCUGACCCUGCUGACCAAGAUGGAGCAAGGAGUGAAGCAGCGAGGAGAGAGACCUCAGCCAGAGGGCUCCUGGGGGAGGGAGGGGGAGGAGGAGGAGAUGAGUGUGGGGGAGGUGAGGGAGGAUUGGACUACAAAACCUCACAGGACUGCAAAUCCACAGAGCCUCAGCAGGACAAGAUCAGCCCAGCAGGGUCAGACGACCUCACAUGGACAAAUCAGUGCAGACGUGUCUGAUGUCAGCAUUGAAGCAGCCAAUCAGUGCCUGGUUGCCAUGGGUGACCUGCUGGUGGAGCCAAUGGAAACUCUUACCUCUGACCUCCAAACAGACCUGCCGCUGACUCCUCCCCCUCACCUGGAGGACACGCUCACUGCAGGACAGGUGUCCCCCGUACCUGUCCCACAGUCAGACUCUCUCUCAGCUGAGUCACAGAGAGGAGGAGCCAGGAGGAGAGAUAUCCACCUCCCCUCCAUCACACCACAGGAGGAGGAGGAGGAGGAGGAGGUGAUGAAGGAGCGUGUCAGUGCAGCAGAAACAGACUCAUCUGUCAGCGAUGUUUUCUGAACAAUAGACACAAAACAUCAACCUCCAUCUUUUCAAGCAUUUAACUGUCUGAUGAUGUCACAGGAUGUCUGAUGAUGUCACAGGAUGUCUGAUGAUGUCACAGGAUGGACCUGCAGCCUUUAGUUGAAUAAAUAAAUGUCCCGUUCAUCUGGUCUGUUCAUGAUUGAGUGUAGAAUCUCCUGUCUCUCUUCACAGCUCUAAAGGACAUCUACAGACUACAUCAGUAACUAACAAAUGUUUUUAUUUAUAUACUGAAGCCUGUUGUCUGACUUCCUGUCACCUUUGACCUCACACCUGCACAGGUAGGAUGUAGCUUUAAAUGGUUGCCAUGACGAUCUGAACAGGUGUGUCAUUUCUUCUACAUUUUUAAUAAAUGUGUUUUAUUUACA